CUUCUUCACCACAACGGAUCGAUACAACGUCCGCAUUACUGAAGACGCCGCACCGAUCCGCCUGUCGAUCUCACGAUCCACUCUUCCCCCACUCGUGAACAAGACUCCUAGGUACUUGAACUCCUCCACUUGGGGCAGGGUCUCCUCCCCAACCCGGAGAUGGCACUCCACCCUUUUCCGGGCGAGAACCAUUUGAUUGCUCAGUUUGUAGUAAAAGCUUUUUGCGAGGUAAAAAAGGUUUCAGUUGCUCAAUUUGUGCGAACAGCUUUUCAAAAAGGAGACAUUUGACUCAACACAUGAAAACACACACCGUAGGGAAAACAUUUAAUUGUUCAGUUUGUGGUAAAAGCUAUUCGCAAAAGAAUGGUCUGAUUCCACACAUGAGAACGCACACAGGGGAGAAACCGUUUAAUUGCCCAGUUUGUUGUAAAAUGUAUGUUUCCAGACAGGGUUUGACUCAACACAUAAUGACACACACAGGACUUCAACCGUUUAGUUGUUCAAUUUGUGGUAAAACUUUUACUCAGAAGAGCAAUUUGAAUGAACACAUGAGAACACACACAGGAGAAAAACCUUAUAAGUGCACAGUUUGUGGUAAAGGAUUCUGUCAAAAAUCCAAUUUGGCAAAACACCUGAGCUCACACACUGGAGAAAAAAAAUGUAUCUGCUCAGUUUGUGGUAAAAGCUUUUCUUUUAAAUGCAAUUUGACCCAACACAUGAGAACACACACAGGAGAGAAACCAUAUAAUUGCUCAGUUUGCGGUAAAAGCUUUUUGCAAAAGAGCGCUUUGAAGCCACACAUGAGAACGCACACAGGAGAAAAACCAUUUAAUUGCUCUGUCUGCGGUAAAAUCUUUGUUUCCAAAAAAGGUUUGACAAAUCACAAAAUGACACACACCGGACUUAAACCAUUCUGUUGUUCUGUGUGUGGUAAAAGCCUUUCUGGGAACAGCUGUUUAACUCAACACAUGAGAACACACACAGGAGAAAAACCAUUUAACUGUUCAGUUUGUGGUAAAAGCUUUUCUCGGAACAGCCAUUUGAUGGAACACAUGAAAAGACACGCCAGAGAAAAAGCGUUUGGUUGUUCAGUGUGCUGCAAAGGGUUUAAUCUCAAAGCAGACGCAGUAAGACACAUUCAAACACACAAGGGGGAGAGGAACCAGUUAACUCUUUAGUUAGUGGUAUGUUGCUCAUAUGUGGCACAUCCACCCAAACCCAGGACUUCCAAAUUGGUCCACUGCUUUUUUCACAUAUAUCAGGCAUCUUAAAUUUCUGCAAGACCGCCGAAAUACGCAUUUUGAAAUUUUCUCUUUUUUUUUUAUCAGAAUAUGACUUUAUUGUUUUGUUUAAAGGGGAACAUUAUCAGCAGACCUAUGUAAGCGUCAAUAUAUACCUUGAUGGUGCAGAAAAAAGACCAUCUAUUUUUUUAACCGAUUUCCGAACUCUAAAUGGGUGAAUUUUGGCGAAUUAAAAGCCUUUCUGUUUAUCGCGCUGGAGGCGAUGACAUCAGAAUGUGACGUCGCCGAGGUAACACACCCACCCUUUUCAUUUUCAACACAUUACAGCUCUGUUAUUUUCCGUUUUUUUGACUAUUUUUUGGAACCUUGGAGACAUCAUGCCUCGUCGGUGUGUUGUCGGAGGGUGUAACAACACUAACAGGGAGGGAUUCAAGUUGCACCACUGGCCCGAAGAGGCCAAAGUGUCUGCCGCCAGACCCCCAUUGAAUAUACUGGAGUGUCUCCACAUUUGACCGGCGAUGACAAACAUGGCACAGAGAUGUAUGGAUAACCUGCAGAUGCAUUUGCAACGAUGGUCAACGAAAUCACAAAGGUGAGUUUUGUUGAUGUUGACUGCCAGCUAAUCGAUGCUAACAUGCUACGCUAAUCGAUGCUAACAUGCUAUUUACCGGCGGUGCUAAAGCAGACAUGGCACAGAGAUGUAUGGAUAAUCUGUAGAUGCAUUUGCAACUAUAUUACGUUUCCUUCCACCCACAUUUAAUGGGAAAACAAACACUUACCAAUCAACGGAUUUAAGUUGCUCCAGUGUCAAAAGAUGCGAAAGUCCUGAUCGUUUGGUCCACACAUUUUACCGGCGAUGCUAAUAAGGCAGCCAUGCUAUGGGCCAAUUCAUUAGGUACACCCACGCUAUGGCCGAAUAGCUUCAGUUUCUUCUUCAAUACUUUCAUACUCCAACCAUCUGUUUCAAUACAUGCGUAAUCUGUUGAAUCGCUUAAGUCGCUGAAAUCCGAGUUUGAAUCCGAGCUAAUGUCACUAUAUCUUGCUUUGGUAUUCCCAUUGUUUGUUUACAUUGGCAGCACUGUGUGACGUCACAGGGAAAUGGCCAGUGUCUUCGCAGAGAGCCGAAAAUAAGGCACUUUAAAGCUUUAUUGAGGGAUAUUCCGAGACCGGUAAAAUUUUGAAAAUAACUUCAAAAAAUACAACAAGCCCCUGGGAACUGAUUUUUAUUGUUUUUAACCCUUUUGAAAUUGUGAUAAUGUUCCCCUUUAAAAUACUGUUCAAAAUUGUCCAAAGAUGUACUCCACCGAUAAAUGUAAGGAGUUUUUUAUUUAAUUAACAAAAAUCUUAUUAAAUCCUAUUUGACAAAAAAAAAAGCAGGCACUUUAUGGUGCUAAAAUAACUGUAAAAGGCAUACAACUGAAUUUAAAACAGAAUAACUUACUUUUAUUUAUUUUUUUUACAUUGCUAUAGCUAUGUUUUUAUUGGUAAUAGUAUUAUUUUAAUUGUUGUAGCUUAUACGUUACGAAUUUAUAUUUUUUUAUUUUAAAACUAAAGUUGAGUUUAGGUACUAAAGGAGCAGUAUUGCGGAAAAACAAGUCAACUUUAUGUGCUUGUUUGUGUUUCAUUGUAUCCAUUAACCUUUUAAGGCCCAAGCUUUUUGUUUACAUUUUUUUUUUUUUUUCUCUUUGCUAUUUGGGCUUAUUGGACCCUUUCAGGCUUGGACUUGGUCUUGGUUUGUUUUCCCGAGGUGCAAAGCGAAUGGAGUGGAAACGGCGUGAAGGUAAAGACAUCUUUAUUUUAACACUAAAACUAAAAACAGGAACCAACAAAAAGCGCGCACAAUGGCGGUACAAAAAACUGGGCUAUGAAACAAAAGACUAGCACAAAGACUAUAAACUACAAACAUGAAACAAAAACACUUGCGCAGUGGCAUGAAUAACAAGAACUUACGUGGACAAAAUGGACAGCAUUGCAAGGCAUGAGGCAGAUAAUCGAGGGCGUGAAUGAGGUGAUGUUGCCAGACUGGCUAACUGGUAACUGUGGCUUAAAUAAUGAACAUGAUAAGUGAAAACAGGUGUGAGACAAGACAGGUGAACUGAUUGGUUGUCAUGGUAACAAAACAGGGAGUGAAAAAAAAAGGAACUUAGAGUCUAGGACUCAAAAGCACCUGGUAUUCCUAGGCAGUCUCUCAUCCAAGUACUAACCAGGCCAGACACUGCUUAGCUUUGAGAAUAAGAUUGGGGAUGCUCAGGGUAAUAUGGCCAUACAAAACUCAUGAUCAGACAUGACAGAAAACUAAAUCAGUUGGCAUGGUAAGACAAACAAGGAAAUGCAAAACAAAACUCAAUGUCCAAAAAACUAAACAUAGCAUGACCAAAACUAAACAUGAACCAUAGGCGUGACAGACCCUAAUUAAAAAAUAAAAACUAAGAAUCUAUCUAUCUAUCUAUUUUCUACCGCUUAUUCCCUUUCGGGGUCGCGGGGGGCGCUGGCGCCUAUCUCAGCUACAAUCGGGCGGAAGGCGGGGUACACCGUGGACAAGUCGCCACCUCAUCGCAGGGCCAACACAGAUAGACAGACAACAUUCACACUCACAUUCACACACUAGGGACCAUUUAGUGUUGCCAAUCAACCUAUCCCCAGGUGCAUGUCUUUGGAAGUGGGAGGGGCCUAUCCCCAGGUGCAUGUCUUUGGAAGUGGGAGGAAGCCGGAGUACCCGGAGGGAACCCACGCAUUCACGGGGAGAACAUGCAAACUCCACACAGAAAGAUCCUGAGCCUGGAUUUGAACCCAGGACUCCAGGACCUUCGUAUUGUGAGGCAGACGCACUAACCCCUCUGCCACCGUGAAGCCAAAAAAAACUAAGAAUCAUCUUUUGAUAUGAUGUACUUCGUCCAUAAGUACACAAAAGUGUACUUCAUGUUUGGUGACAUACUAAUUCUUAUUUUUACACUUCUUUUUUCCAAAUUCCAUUGUAUGUUAUACUCUUCUGACACCACCAGAUGGCAGUAUAAGUGUCCACAUACGCGGCCAUAAGACCCCAAUUCAGUAGUGCACACAAUUUUGUAAAUAAGAGCGAAAAGGUGCUGUCCACGCAUGUGGCCACUAAGCCUUUAGUUAAACCAUAUCCAUUUGUAUUUACAGUCCGCAAACUAUGUGAAAAUACCGUCUAAAAUGCCACAAAUUCAGCCAGCUAUUUUGAAUAUUCCGCUCCGAAUUUCUUCGGUAAUUUCCGGAGAUUCUGCAUCACUCUAGUAACGCUACAGCACUCUGACCAUAUUAUUAGGUCAGUCACACUGGAAAUAUGCAAAAAUUGGAAAGAGAUGUGCUGUUUAUCAUUCAAAAUCCUUAUGUAAGACAAGAACACAUAUACUUGUCUUUUUCUAUGCAUUUGAAAUCCUAAAUAAAUUGCUAACAAUUGAGUCAACAGAGGGAUGGUCCUCUGUUGCGCUCAUUAUAUACUCUUUUUACAAACAUCUAAAAACCGCCAACAACAACCAAAAAGAUGCUUGUUGCGGAAACUUUUUAUUUUAACCCUCCCCGAGGAUUGUGAUUGAAUCUUCAUCUAAACGGUGUCGGUGGACAUCCCAACAAGAAUGAAAAUAUUACAGUAAAUGUUUGUUUUAUUCUGGUUUGUUGUUGUUAGUUUGUAUGUUUAGCACCAAGCCAUGCUGCAGAUGCUAGUGUUGCUGUCAGCUUUCUAAAACUUAUUGCUCAUCUUCUUUGUGUUCGGCCUCAAAAAUGUGAGGUCCUGGAUCAUAAUUUUUCCAAAAGGGAUCUGUGGCUACUUCUGCUACUAUUUUGAUCAUACAUAUUUAUUCGCAAAUUUGAAAGUCUUUUGAUGUCAUAAAUCAGAUCUAUAUGAUAAUAGCUUCAAUGUAGAGGCAACUUGUUUUUCCACUCUACUGCUACUUUAAUAUUUUGCCUGAAUAGUACUGAUAGUCUGACAACUGCUGAAUAUAUAUUUUCUCAUAACCACAUUUCGAAAAUGUAUUGAAGAUAGUUUUUAGUUUGGUGAUCACAUUGUUGGCGUUUUGAAAGACUGCGUCAUUGCUGUAGUGUUUGUUUUGUGUAUGGUGUUUUGUAUCGCUUUGUUCUUGAAAUAAAGAUGAAUUUGAUAAAAGUGUUCACGUUUAUCACUCAGGUCUAAGAGAGCACAAGCUGUAGGUUCAAUGCGCACAACUGAAUAUCUUAGUUGUUCAGACAUGAAUGUGUUUAUACAAGUUUAGAUCGGAGUAGGAUGUUUGUGGUGGGGAAAUACAGUAAUGUGUCUGUCAGAAUAAUUGUAUUUAUGUUAUCACAAAACUUCGUGUUGCGAUCCGCUGCUCGGAUCUGUACAUAUUCUGGUUUAUUGUUACAUUUUAGUAUCACCCCGUUGUUUAACGUCUUUAUUUCCUGUUUAGUAUGUCACCAAGGUAGCUCAUUAGUUCACCUGCCCCUUGUUAUCUACGCACACCUGUUUUCUUCUAAUCACCUCCCUUAUUUAAACCCGCCCCUUUUCGUUAUUCAUUCUCGGCUCCUAAUUUGCCUACGUGCAACCGUGACUACUUUCAUUCUUCUACUAUAUGUAUUUUCUGGCUAGCUCUCAUGCUAUGCCACUUGAUUAUUCCAGUUUUCAUACUGAUGAUUUGUUUUCUCGUUUGUGCUCUCGUGCCAAGUUUUAGUUUUCUAGUGUUUUAUCCUAGUUUUCACGCUAGCGUCUUUUGUUUGCUUUCUCUUUACACCAGUGUUUUUGUUCCUAGCCUUUUUAUUAUUUAAUAAAUCCAUUUAUAACAUACCUUGUUGUGUUCAUCGCUUCGACGCAUCCCUGGAA